CGCGCGGGUCAACAUUGUUGCCAACUCUGUGUCUACUUGCUAGAGUCAAAUAAGGUUUAUUGGAGAUGCCAACAAGUAAAGGAGGCUUAGGCAAGGUCCAUGGUAGCCGCCAUGCGCAAAAAUGAUACUGGAGUUGUAUGAAUCGAAGGCUGCAACUUUGGUUUCUUUAGAUUUUUUUUUAUCUACUUUCUGUUUCAAAAUUGACCAAAAUCAACAGUAAUGAUGGUUUCUCCAGUGGCUACUAGUGCCGGGAAGCUUUUCUUGAGCUCCGCCGGGUUAAAAGCUAAAGACAACAAUAGGGAAGCUUUAUAGUUGUGCCUCCUUCUUAUUACCUCAACCUCUCUUACACUAUGGGUUUUGUAGGUUCUGGUCUCUUGAAAUUAAAUUGUGAUACAUCUCGGAAGCGUAAUGUUGAUUUAAUAGCUAUCGCUGUUGUUGCUGGAAAUUCUAAUGAUAAUUUGGUGGAUGGAAUUGCUAAAAGAGUGUACUGCUCUUCCCCUUUAGUAGGCAAAGCCCAAGCAAUGUUGGAAGCCCUUCGGUUAACUGCUGCAAUUGGGAUAUCAUCCUUCAUUAUUGAAACAGAUUCAACCUCUAUUUACUCUGCAAUGUUGGACUCUUACAAGGAUGUUUAUUGGGAAAUUCAGGCAGCAGUUAAUCUCAUGUGUUCUCUUGUUCCUAAUUUUGGCCAGGUUUAUUUUUCUUUAGUGAAUAAGGAAGCAAAUUCUAUUGCUGAUAUAGUUGCUAAGUUGUGUUUUAAGAACCUCCUUCCAUGUAAUUGGCUAUUGCUACAUCGGCUGAAAUUCUUGAUUGUUUGUUUUUUUGAUGCCUUUGUGGUCUUGUAAUGCAUUGUUGCAAUUAAAAAAAGGGAAAAUUAUGAAAAAGUACCAUGUGGUUUCAAUCAUUUUUCAUUUCAAGGGUCUGAGGCUUACUUUGU